AGAAAAUCAACAGCGCGGGCUACGUUUCAGACCUGCCAUGGCGGACUCCGGGAAUGACGACGAACCGACCAUUCCUCGUGCUGCCAUCAACAAACUUAUCAAAGAACUGGUGCCGAACAUUAGGGUUGCUAACGAUUCAAGGGAGCUGAUUCUAAACUGCUGUACCGAGUUUAUCCACUUGGUGGCGUCGGAGGCUAAUGAGAUUUGUACAAAAGAGGGAAAGAAGACAAUAUCACCGGAACAUAUUCUAGGAGCUCUAGAAAGCCUGGGUUUUGGCUCGUACACAGAGGAUGUGAGAAGUGUUCUGGAGGAGUGUAAAACAGUCGCUGCCAAGAAACGGAGAGCGAGCACACGGCUGGAGAACCUGGGCAUUCCUGAGGAGGAGCUCUUCAGGCAACAACAGGAGCUCUUUGCUAAGGCCAGACAACAGCAGGCUGAGGCAGAGCAGCAGGAGUGGCUGAGGAUGCAGCAGGCGGCACAGGAGACCCCCCAGCCACAGGAGGGGGGUGGUGCUGCAGGGGGGGUGGAGCAGGGGGCGGGGGACCAGGACGACUCAUGAGGGAAGGGGGGUUCUGAUAUUAGGGAGAGGGAUGAUUGAUUUGAACGUAACAGGAAGAUAUAUUUUCCACAGAUUUUGAUGUAAAUGUAUUUUUUGUUAAUAUGUCACGUGUCACAACCCAACAUGUCACAAGAUGAUUUUACUGUGGGCCAAAAGAUACAGUAGUUCAAGUUGGUUCAACUAAUUGGAUUGUAGAAGUAAAGAAAAAAGUUCUAAGGUUUCACCAUCAGACAGAUGAUUGUAUAACAACCAAAUGUGGGAGUAGAGGAGUUAAAUCAUUAAACCAUCCUUUGCUUGA